GAGUAUCGAGACUAGAGAUAGCUUAUAUGUACAACUGGAAUCAAUUUCACAUUUUCAGUCCAAUUUGGUGAUGCAAUAACACCAGCAACAUUAUUAAGUUGAAUCUAUGAAUAGAUUUGUACCCGACAAAAAAGAAGGCGCUAUGACUUCCCUGGACAUCGGCGGCGCCUGCGCAACUGGAGGAGCAGUGACGUCCACCCUCACGGCCGCCAUCCAGUUCUUCGCCGCCUCGCAGUGCGUCCUCACCGGGCCGUGGCCACAGCACGGGACUCCUGCCAAUGAGUCCCGCUUCGACUUCAUCGUGGUGGGCGCGGGCUCGGCGGGCGCGGCGCUGGCGGCCCGCCUCGCGGACACUGACGCCGCCGUCCUGCUGCUGGAGGCUGGCGGUGAUCCGCCGCAGGAGGCUAUUAUUCCAGGCUUCCGAGAUAGCCUAAAAGGCGGCAAAUAUGACUGGAACUUCACGACAGAAGACGACAAGUUCUCCAGCCAGGCCCUGAAGGGAGGCCGCCAGCGGCAGCCGCGCGGGCGCAUGCUGGGGGGCAGCGGCUCCAUGAACGACAUGAUCUACGCCCGGGGGUUCCCGGCAGACUAUCAUGAAUGGGCCGAAAUAGCUGGCGACGACUGGGAUUGGGACAAGGUGCUGGAGUACUUCAAGAAGACAGAACAUUUGACAGACGAAGCCAUCGUCUACAACCCACAUUUGAUGAAAUAUCAUGGGCGUGGUGGAGAAAUAGAAGUUGCAGGAUUGAACGCCUCUACUUUUGAAACCGACCGCUUCUUGGACGCUUUUAGAGAAUUGGGCUUUAACAUGGUGGAUGAUAUGACGAAUCCAGAGGUCAUCGGCGCUGGAAGAUUCUCUCACACGAUACGGAAUGGUCAGCGCGAUAGCUCGCUCACUGCUCUCCUCAACAAAGAUAAACCUAAUCUGUUUGUUUUUAAAAAUGCCUUUGCGACUCAAGUGCUCAUAGAAAAUAGCACGGCUUAUGGAGUUAAGGUUGUAUCUGGAGACGUCGAUUUCCAAUUUUAUGCCAAAAAGGAAGUUAUAGUAUCUGCAGGCACGUUCAAUACAGCGAAACUGCUCAUGUUGUCAGGAAUCGGAUCUAAAGAGCAUCUAGAAGGUUUCGGAAUAAAGGUGGAGAGUGAUUUACCUGUUGGUAAUAAUCUACAUGAUCACGUGAUGGUGUUGACAUUCCUGGCCGCGGACAACGGUACCUGCUUCACGGACCAAGCGAGCCUUUACAUGGACAUGAUCAGAUAUCUGUAUGACAAAACAGGGUCAUUUUCUUACUCUAACAGCAUGGGAGCUUAUGUUUCAUUGAAUGGAGAUCCUAGCGUUCCCGACUUCGCCAUCUAUCCCGUAUGCAUUCCUAUGGGAAAUAGCUAUUACCAACAAGGCUGCUCAGAGAUCCUCGGUUUUCAAGACGCUAUUUGUACAACGUUGAGCGAGAAGAACAAAGAGUACGAACUGUUAUCCUUGGCUGUUGUGCUCCUGAAGCCAAAGUCUCGAGGCGCAGUGCGUUUAAGAUCUACGGAUCCAUCGGAUUCGCCUUUGAUAUACUCCGGCACUUUUAACAAUCCCGACGACCUCGCCGACUUUCCAGAGGUCAUAGAACUCGUACAUUCCAUAGUAAAUACUUCGUAUUUUAAGCGAAUGAACGCUCAUGUCGUAGAUUUCGAUAUCAGUAUCUGUUCUGGAUUGGAAGGUCGGGAGAAACAGGCUUGCAGAGCGAGGGCCAUGGCCACGUCCGCCUGGCACGCGGUGGGCACUGCAGCGCUGGGCGGCGUGGUGGACCCGCAGCUGAGGGUGUUCGGAGUGUCGGGGCUGCGCGUGGCGGACGCCAGCGUGAUGCCGAAGGUGCCGCGAGGGAACACCAACGCUCCGGCCAUCAUGAUCGCAGAGAAAGCAGCAGAUUUCAUCAAGCAAGAUCUCGGAGACUUUUCAUAGUGCUGGCAUAUAAUUUUGUCAUAUUGGAGCCACAUGGUCUCCGUGAUAGGCAUAUUCUUUCUGGCUCCAAAUGAGUUCAAUUCUGUGGCAGUUGUAUGAAACUUCGGAAAGUUCCGUCAGUAUUACUUGACCAGUGAGUUAGAACUAAGUAGCUAGUAAAUUAUAAUUACCACCUAAUGAACAUUUUAAUGUGUUGUACUUAACUGUAAUGACGUGUUUUGUAGUAAACUAUAAAUUGAUGUGUAGCAUUAACGUGAAUUGUAAUAAAAAUUUUAAAUCGAAAGUUUAAUUUAAUAGUGAUAGAUUUGAUACAAUUCUGAGAUAAACUUUGAUGUGUUUGA